AUGGCGUCUCGCGGCUUCUUCGGCUACGACCCCUACGACUACUACUACCCCGCGCCGUCCACCUACGCCUACCCCUACCACCACCCGGCCGCCUACGACUCCUACGACUCUUACUACCACCCCCGCCGAGCCCCGGCACGGAGCCAAGGCGCCUUCUUCCGGGACGCCGAGUGCCCGGAGCCGGCGAUGAGGGAGUACGUGCGUCCCAGGCCGACGUCCACUCGAUCGGACCCCAUCCCGAUCGAGGUCACCGGGCCCGACUCGGACCCGCAAUGGAAGACCGCGCCGGUUCAGAAGAAGCGGGCGCCGUCGGCGGAGGCGGCCGCGGUGAAGGUGCAGGCGGCGGCGCGCGGCCUCCUGGCGCGGAGGAUGAUGCGCGAGGUGCGCGCCGUGGAGCGCGAGGCGGAGGCCGUCGCGGCGAGGGUGGCGGCCGAGGCGGAGGCGCUGCGCGCGGACUCGCGCCGCAGGAUCGGCGUCGGCGAGGAGCUCAUGCGCCUGGUGCUCCGCCUCGACGCGGUGCGCGGCGUCAGGGAGUACCGCAAGAAGGUGACCAGGAAGGUGCUCGCGCUCCAGGACGCCGUCGAUGCCCUCGAGGCCAAGCCCGCCGCCCAGGACCAGGAGGUGCUGCUGGUGGCUGAUCCGCCCGCGGCCGCGGACGCGGACGCGGACGCGGACGCGGAGUCCAUGGCGGCUGACACCGUCGAGAUGUCUGAGGCUCACGAUGCGCUGGUGAGUGGGAUGGCGCCGGAGUUGCAGCAGUCUGCCGGGGAGCAGAUUGGAUCGGAUUCCUUCUCUGUUGAUGCAACACCCACGGAGAUGGACAUGGAAGUUGACGGUGGCAGAGCAGAGGAGGCGGAUUCCGCGGCGACCGAGUCGACUGUUACGGAAUCGGUGGCGGCCGGCGAGCAGGCGGAAGGCGAUGGCGAGCUCGCGGCAGAGGCGGAAGGGGAAUGGGAGAUGGUGACAGGAGACGACGCCUUCGACGGCGAGCCCAAAGCGCAGCAGCAAGAAGCCGCGGCAGAGGAGGCAGAGGAGAAGAAGAAGACGGAGGCUGCAGCCGCCGACGGCUUGGACGCGAAGAAGAUGAUGGAGAUGGUGGCGGCGCUGUGCGAGCGGAGCGCGCAGCAGUGCGCGCUGAUCGGGGCCCUCGCGGAGCGGGUUGAUACCCUGGAGCGCGCCGUCCGGCGGGUGGAGGAAGCCGACCGUCGCCGGCGCAGGAUCAAGAAGAUCAAGAAGGAGGGCAAGAUCAACGGCAAGGCCGGAAACAGCUUUUACAGCGAUUGAUAAUCAAUGUCUUUUAUUAUUUAUUCUUUUCGGUUUUGGUGUGCUUAGUUUGGUUUGUGUUCUUGGAUUUUUGGAACAAUAUAAAUAUCAGAUUAUGUGAACGAACAAGAUUUCAUUAGCCAGUCCAA